UUGCUUUCAGUAUGGCGACUACUAUGAAAAGAAGACAUAUUCCUAAUAUGUCUGAAAAACAGGCAGUCAAUUAUUCGCUUUUGGAUAAUGACGACCUGAAAGAAAAGAAUCCUCGAUCACUGCAACCUCAAGUGGUUUAUUCUUCAAACGAGAAUAUUGCAUUUCUUCAAAAGAAUCAACACACACUCAUUACUCUUGGUUUAACACUCUUGUCUUUUUGGACAAGAUUCAGAAAGAUCACGUUGAGUAACCAAGUGGUUUGGGACGAAGCACAUUUUGGCAAAUUUGGAUCACACUAUUUAAAUCAUGAUUUCUAUUUCGAUGUCCAUCCUCCUCUUGGUAAAAUUCUGGUUGGAUUUUCAGGUUGGUUAGCUGGUUAUGAUGGUUCAUUCGGUUUUGAAUCGGGUGCUACUUACCCUGAAAAUCUUAACUAUGGUGUCAUGCGUAUCUUUAACGCGUUCUUUGGCGCCAUGAUGGUUCCCAUUGCUUACCUUACAGCUGUUCAAUUAAAAAUGUCGACUAAAGCCGCUCUCUUGGCUGCCACUAUGGUUUUAUUGGAUAAUGCUUAUUUAACAAUCAGUCGUUUUAUAUUGUUGGACUCAAUGCUUCUUUUCUUUACCUGUACUUCUCUUUAUACACUCACUGUCUUUCAUAAUUUGCGUACCCAGGCAUUUACUCCUCAAUGGUGGACUUGGCUCUGUUUGACUGGUGCAUCCUUGGGCUGUGUUUUGAGUGUGAAAUGGGUUGGUUUGUUUGCUGUUGCUGUUGUUGGUGUCUAUACAAUUGAAGAUCUCUGGAACAUGUGGGGCGAUUUACAAAUGCCCAAGAAAACAUACCUUCACCACUGGAUUUCCCGUGUGCUUGGCUUGAUCAUGAUCCCUGCUUGUAUCUACAUCUUUAGUUUUGUAUUACAUUUCGGUCUCUUGUACAAAAGUGGUCCUGGUGACGCACAAAUGAGUUCUCUUUUCCAAGCUAACUUACAAGGAAACUCCAUGACUGAAAAUCCUCUUGAAAUUGCUUAUGGAUCUCGAUUGACGAUCAAAAAUGCUGGUUAUGGUGGUGGUUUACUUCACUCGCAUGUCCAGACUUACCCUGAAGGUUCUAAACAACAACAAGUGACAUGCUAUCAUCAUAAAGAUGACAACAAUCAUUGGUUGAUUCGCCCUCCUCGAGAGUAUGAUGUGGAUGCCUAUGAAAAUGAGCAAGAUGAAAGCUUUUUACGUUUCAUUCAAGAUGGUGAUAUUGUUCGUCUUCAACAUACUUCCACAGGUCGUAAUUUACAUAGUCAUCCUGUCAAUGCGCCCUUGACGACCUCUCAAUGGGAAGUAAGCUGUUAUGGUAACGAUACUGUAGGCGAUAACCAAGACAAUUGGAAGGUUGAAAUUGUGGAUGAUUUUGUUCAUCACAGCAAGGACCGUGUUCGUUCUUUGACCACACGUUUUCGUCUUCGUCAUGAGCAUUUAGGUUGUCUUUUGACAGCAGACGGUACGACUUUGCCUCAAUGGGGUUUCAAACAAACUGAAGUCUAUUGUGACAAGAACAACAACACAGACAACCCUCAUGCCAUGUGGAACGUAGAAGAACAUUGGAACGAAAAGCUACCUCCUGCUCCACCCAAUGCUUACAAGACCCACUUUUUCCGUGACUUUAUUACAUUGAAUGUGGCCAUGUGGACCUCUAAUAAUGCCUUGACGCCUGAUCCUGACAAGUACGAUAUUCUCUCGUCUGUUCCUUCUGAAUGGCCAUUUGUGACUGUAGGUCUUCGCAUGUGUGGUUGGGGAGAAAACGAUAUCAAAUAUUACUUGUUGGGUAAUCCUGUUGUCUGGUGGCUCUCCAUUGCUUCCAUUGGCGUCUUUUGUCUGACGACUGCUUUUUACAUUGUGCGCAUGCAACGCAAGAUCUUUGACUUGACCCAUGCUGAAUGGGAUCACUUUUUCUAUGCUGGCAAGACUUUGUUCCUUGGAUGGUUCUUUCAUUACAUUCCCUUCUUUAUCAUGGGUCGUGUUACCUACCUGCAUCACUAUUUUCCCGCUCUUUACUUUAGUAUCAUCAUGGUUCCCUUCUUGAUGGAUCAUUUCACUCGUCAAAGUUCAAAGGCCGUUCAGUACGCUGUCUUUGUGCCUGUCUAUCUUGCUGUGAUCUUUACCUUUAUUCAUUUUGCACCUAUUUCUUUCGGUUUGACGGGACCUAUUGAAAACUAUGGUUCUCUUAUCUGGAGAGAUACUUGGAACAUGAUUGAAGAAAAGAAAAACUAACAUAAAUUGCAUUUAAUAAAGUAAAUUGACUAUGUAGAAACAAGCAUUUGAAAUAAAAGUGUCCCUACUUUGGGCCAACCGCCCACAUAAAGA